AUGUGGCAGGGGAAUCAGACAUCCCUGGCAGACUUCAUCCUUGACGGGCUCUUUGAUGACUCCCUCACCCACGUUUUUCUUUUCUCCUUGACCAUGGUAGUCUUCCUCAUCGCAGUGAGCAGCAACACUCUCACCAUUCUCCUCAUCUCUGUUGAUCCUCGGCUUCACACACCAAUGUAUUUCCUGCUAAGCCAGCUCUCCCUCCUGGAUCUCAUGCUUAUCUCCACAACCAUCCCCAAGAUGGCCACCAACUACCUAUCUGGCAGGAAAUCCAUCUCCUUCAUGGGCUGUGCAGCCCAGCACUUCCUCUAUUUGUCUGUGGGUGGUGCUGAGUGUUUUCUCCUAGCCUUCAUGUCCUACGACCGCUAUGUUGCCAUCUGUCAUCCCCUGCGUUAUACUGUCCUCAUGAAUAGAAAGGUGGGAUUGACGAUGGUUGUCAUGUCAUGGCAGGGAGCAUUCAUUAACUCCCUAAUUCACACGGUGAUUUUGAUGCACUCCCCUUUCUGUGAGCCUCGGAAAAUUCACCACUUCUACUGUGAAUUUCCUGCAGUUGUCAGGUUGGUAUGUGAAGACAUCACUGUUUAUGAGUUUACACUGUACAUCAGCACCAUCCUAAUGCUCCUUUUCCCCAUCUCCCUGGUUUCUACAUCCUAUGCCUUCAUCCUCCACAGUGUCAUUCAUAUGCGUUCAGCUGGGAGUAAAAGAAAUGCCUUUGCCACUUGCAGCUCUCACCUCACUGCGGUUUCCCUCUUGUAUGGUGCCUGCAUCAUCACAUAUAUGAGGCCCAGGUCCCAGCGCACUCCAAUGCAAGACAAAGUGGUUUCCAUGUUCUACAGCAUCAUUAUACCCACACUGAAUCCUCUCAUUUAUACUCUCCGUAAUAAGGAUAUAGCUAAGGCUCUGAGAAGAGUGCUGGGAAGAGAUAUUGCCAACCAAAGGCUGAAAUUGUAG